AUGCGGCUGGCAGAGAGCGCUGACGAGGCCUCGGUCCAGGUCGAUGACUUCAUAAAGGACAACAUGAGGCAGGCCUCGCAGCAGUUGUAUUACAUCUUGCUCCUGCUCUGCGGGCAGCACCCUCUGACGACGAUCUUCAAUGCUGGCGAGAACGAGGGCUUCCAGGCGUGUCGCAAGCUGGUCGAAUACUACGAACCGAAUGCGAGGUCCCGCAACGCAGGGCAGCUGCUGAAUCUCGUGAACUUCGCGUUCACAAGCGAUGUCGAGGACAGGCUAGCGCUGUUCGAGCGGGAACUCCUCAGGUAUGAGCAGAGGAGCGGCGAGGCUAUCUCAGCCUCCAUGAGGAUCGGCAUCGUCCCUCGGCAGCUCGAGGAAGGCCCUCUACGUCAGCAUCUCUUGCUCAAUGCGACCAGGCUGGUGGAGUGGCAUGAAUUCCGACGCGAGGUCACCGGCAUCCGCCGUGCCCAGAGAUCCAUCGCCCCUGUGCCUGUGCCCAUGGAUCUGAGUGCGUUCACCAGGGGUGCCGGCAAGGGUAAUAAGUCCAAGGGCGACGGCAAGGGCAGGAGCCAGGCCGGUGGCAAGGGUAAGAGCAAAGGCGACAGCAAGGGCGAGUCUAAGUCCGACGGCAAGGGCAAUUCCGGCAGCAAGGCCCAUGGCCAGCAGCUUGGGCCCCUCUGCUGGGGCUGCGGCGGUCGCGGCCGCACCCAGCGCGAAUGCCCAAGCAAGAACAGGGGGGCGUUGGCGAGCAUGGAGCAGACGCUGGCUCGCAUCAACGCCUCUCAGCCGAUGGGCACGACCGCGCCGUCGACGACCAGCUUCAUGUCCACGGCUGCGACUGCGAGGCUCAGCCUGGCGACGGCAAUGUCCGGCGCGAGUUCGUGGCAGGUCGCAGCGCUCUACCUGAACGACGCGGACGAGCAGGCCAGCUGCCCGUUCGCGAACCUCCACUCUCUCAUCAUCAACGACCCGGGGCCGGACAAGGCGGACGCGGUCGACUCUGCGAUCGGCGCGGCCCUUGGCCUGGACAUGAUCCACGGCAACUCGGAUGCGGAGGAGGUCGAGCUCAACGGCAUCUUGCGUGUGGGCAUCGACUCGUGUGCGGCGGCCUCGGUGCUGCCACUCGGCUCGUGUGCGGACUACCCAGUGCGUGAGGGUGGCCGGGCGAUCUCGUGCAAGACAGCCUCCGGCCACUACGUGAGCGACGAGGGCGCGAAGCACCUCGCACGCGCUGCCAAGUUCAGGGUGGCGGACGUCAGCAAGCCGUUGCUGAGCGUCGCGGAGAUGGUCGACUCUGGCCAUCGGCUCGUCUUCGACUCGGAGGGCGGCCAGGACAUUAGCUACGCGUGCCGCAAGACCAGUGGAGACGUUGUCAAGUUCUGCCGCGGGAGCAAGGUCUACGAGAUAGACAUGCACGUCGACCCGUGCAUGCCGGGGGAAUGCCUGGUCGAGGUGGCAG